CUAUUACCCUUCAUCAUGGCCACCACUGUAAGACACUAUUCUUCUUCGACCUCCCUGAAGGGGCUGGGUGGCUUUGGUGGUGGUUCCAGCCGAGGGUCCUCAGUGCGUCUCAGUGGAGGCGCCUACAGAGCUCCAACUAUCCAUGGGGGAUCAGGUGGCUACUCGGUCUCCUCCUCUCGAAUGAUGUCUGGCUUCGGCAGUGGCCUGGGUGGUGGCUAUGGAGGGAGCUACUGUAGCAGUGUGGGAGGAGGCUUUGGUGGUGGCAGCUUUGGUGGUGGCAGCUUCGGUGGUGGCAGCUUUGGUGGUGGAUUUGGUGGUGGACUUGGCAGUGGCUUUGGUGGUGGCUCUGGCGGUGGAUUUGGCAGUGGCUUUGGUGGGCCCUUUGUGGGAGGCGAUGGCAUUCUCCCUGCUGGGGAGAAGGAAACCAUGCAGAACCUGAACGACCGCCUGGCUGCCUACCUGGACAAGGUGCGCGCUCUGGAGGAGGCCAACAGUGAGCUGGAGAUUAAGAUCAGGGACUGGUAUAAGAAGCAAGGCCCUGGUCCAGACCGUGACUACAGCCCAUAUUACAGGACCAUCGAGGAUUUGAGGAAUAAGAUCCUUUCUGCCACUGUCGACAAUGCCAACCUCCUCUUGCAGAUUGACAAUGCCAGGCUGACAGCUGAUGACUUCAGGACCAAGUUUGAAACGGAGCAGGCCCUGCGUCUGAGUGUUGAGGCUGACAUCAAUGGCUUGCGUAGAGUCCUGGAUGAGCUGACUUUGGCCAGAGCUGACCUGGAGAUGCAGCUCGAGAACCUCAGCGAAGAGCUGGCUUACCUUAAGAAGAACCACGAAGAGGAAAUGAAUGCCCUACGCAGCCAGGUCAGUGGAGAGAUCACUGUAGAGAUGGAUGCUGCUCCAGGAGUUGACCUGACCAAGAUCCUGGCUGAAAUGCGAGAACAGUACGAGCACCUGGCUGACAAGAACCGCAGAGAGGCUGAGCAGUGGUUCUUCAAGCAGACAGAAGAACUAAACAAAGAAGUUGCCAUCAACACAGAACAGCUUCAGAGCGGCAAGAGUGAGAUCAUGGAGCUCCGGCGCACCAUCCAGGGGUUGGAAAUCGAGCUUCAGUCCCAGCUCAGCACGAAAGCCGCCCUGGAAGGCACCUUGGCUGACACAGAAGCCCGCUAUGGCUCCCAGCUGGCGCAGAUCCAGGGCCUGAUCACCAGCGUGGAGGAGCAGCUGGCUGAGCUCCGGUGUGACAUGGAGCGGCAGAACCACGAGUACAAGAUCCUCCUGGAUGUCAAGUGCCGGCUGGAACAGGAGAUCGCUACAUACCGCCGCCUGCUGGAGGGCGAGGAUGUCCACAUGUCUUCACAGUACUCCUCCCAGGUUAUCAAAGAAGGACCUAAGACCACUCGUCAGGUCCGCACGAUCGUUGAGGAAGUCCAGGACGGAAAGGUGAUUUCUUCCCGUGAGCAGGUCCACCUUUCACCCCGCUAAGACCACAGGCUGCUCCAGGCCUAGGCACUUUGGAUGCAUCCGUAUCAUUAUUUUCACAGCCAAGGGAAAGACAACUCCAGGCCAUGUGCUGAAGAUGGGUGCUUCUGCCAUAAGCUUGAACAGGCCUGGAUUAUGCAGCGUGUUCAGCUCAGUUAGUGUGUUCCUUCCCAUUCUACCACUGUGUUCCUCACCCUUCUGUGAAUGCUUCGCUAUGCUCUGCCUGUAAACCCCCAAUAAAGCUUUUCACUUUGUUCAUG